UAAUAUAUUAUUAUUAUUAUUAUUAUAAAAGAAAAGAAAAAGAAAAGAAAAUGGAGAAUUCACAAUCAGAUUCAAGUUCAACACCAAAGUCUCUGAUGGAGAACCUGCUAGGCCUUCUAAGGGUUCGUGUCAAGCGUGGUGUCAACCUCGCCGUUCGUGAUGUUCGCAGCAGCGAUCCUUAUGUUGUUAUUAAGAUGUCCAACCAGGUUUCUCUCUCUCUCUUAAAUUUUAAACUUAAGACUCGUGUGAUUAAGAAGGAUGUUAAUCCUGAGUGGAAUGAAGACCUCACGCUUUCUAUUACAAAUCCGAAUCUACCUGUCUCACUGACUGUUUAUGACCAUGACACUUUUAGCAAAGAUGACAAAAUGGGAGAUGCUGAGUUCGAAAUCUUGCCCUUUAUAGAGGCCUUGAGGAUGAACUUAACUGGCCUCCCAACUGGUACUGUAGUCACAAGAAUACAACCAAGUGAUCAUAACUGUCUUGUAGAUGAGAGCUGUAUAACUUAUAGCAACGGCAAGGUUAUUCAAGAUAUGAUCCUUAGGUUGCGAAAUGUGGAAUGUGGUGAAGUUGAAAUCCAACUGCAUUGGAUUGAUCUUCCCGGUUCUAAGGGUUUGUGAUAUUUUGGGAUGUUUAUGUAUUUACAACUUUAUGCUUAUAAGCUGGCUUCUGCCCUCUAUUACCUUGUUUUGUCAAGUUUUGCUAAGACUUGAGGAACAUACUGAACUUGUUUUUAUUCUAGUUUGUAAUGCAUUAGUACAGUUGAGAAAUUCCUUUUGUCAUGUUUUAAAAUCCAUCCUUUAGUUUGUGUUUUUUUC